AGAGGAAUAAAAUAGGAACCCAAAUUGUCACUUGGAAUCAGUUCCUGAGCGCAGAAAAGAGCUUGAGAACCUCUUCCAAAGGCAUCAAGUGUGACACAGGUGUUGCUGAAGUUGCAGUCAAGCAUGAACCCAGGAGUGAGUUUCCUGUGUUUCCUUCUAUGCAUUAUCAUCGCAGGCUGUGAUCGGGUCUAUGUCCACCCUUUCUAUCUGACUUCCCUAACAAAUAUAACCAAUUGCAAGAAGGUAGAAGAACUGCUGGAGAACAAUUCUGCACCCUUCAGAAACAAAAGUGAGGAGUGGGGGAAACAUCCACACCAGCGCUACCUGAAAGACCCCAUUCAUAUUCUUGGUGCACGCUUCUACAAAGAACUGAGAAAAACAUACAAGGACGAAAAUAUUUUACUGUCCCCUACCUUCAGCUAUGAGUCCUUGCUAUCCUUCUUCAUAGGGGCCUCUGGAAAAACAGCACUUGAUUUGCAGACUUUGCUAGGAUUUGACCCUCUAUCCAGUGAUCCAAACUGCACCUUAAGAAUUGAUGGGCACAAAGUCCUUUCUGCCCUGAGUAGUAUCAUCAAAAAUCCAUUUCAGUCAGAGGAAAAUGAUAAGCUGUUCUUCUCCAAGAUUUCCUGCCUUUUCUCUGCCCCUGAAAUCCAUGUGUCCAAGUCCUUUGUCCAUGUAUUGACCUCUCCCCACAUUAAUUUCUUUGUACAAGCUGUUGACUUUACAAACCUCACACAGGCAGCAGAACAAAUCAAUGCGUUUGUUGAAGGCAAACGCACCCAAAGAAGCAAGAGUUUGCUGGCAGACAUUGACCCAGAAACCACUCUCCUGUUUGCAACCUACACUCAGUUCAAAGUCUUUGUGAAGGGAGCCUCUCCACUGAAAGAACCUCAGGAAUUCUGGCUCAAUUCUGACACAAAAAUCUCUGUACCUAUGAUGACAGUAACUGGAACCUUUCAGCAUAAACAUGAAAGCAACGUUUCCAUCAUCAAAAUUCCUAUUGGCAAGGAUUUAUUUCUGCUGCUUUCACAGCCCGUCAACAAUAGUGAGCUGGCCAGUGCUGAAGCUCAAUAUUCCUCAAUACCUUCUUUGGAAUGGCUGCAAAAUCUGUCACCAAGACAAAUCCAUUUGACUUUGCCAAUGGUGUCCUUUGAAAGCAUUUAUGAUCUUCAGGAACUCCUUGGGAAACUGGGCCUACCUGGGCUGCUUGGAAAGAAUGCCAAUCUCAGACUGCUAAGUGACACUAACCUGACUAUUGGGAAGAUCAUAAAUCAACAACUUUUGGAGCUCAGUCCCAGUGGAACAGAUGAAGUAGAAGACCUCACAGAAAAAAGUCAAGACAUUGAAACACUCAGAAUAACAUUGAACAAGCCAUUCCUGCUAGCAAUGUAUGAAGAGUCAGGUGCAUUGCUUUAUUUUGGCAGAAUAACAAAUCCCCUGGAAGGAACAUAAAAUUUUAUAGGAAUCAGAAAUGGUUUACUAGAUUUCCUUUGAUAGUUUCCUUGCUUAUCCACUGUUUUUAUGAUCCCACUGAGUCAUGAUUUGAGAUUUUGAAAUGGAAAACCAGUGUGUCCUUCAAAUAUAACAUUGAUAAAAUUAUCAACAGCACUGGUGGGGAUAGAUCUGUUUACAAUGGUCUUCUAUGGUGCCACACAAAUGCUUAAUAUUGUACUUGACAUGGUAUAAGCCUAAGCCUAUCAAAAAGGAUGAAUACAGGUUACCAUUUACCAAGGGUUAACUUAUCACAGUGUGCAUGGAACUAAGUCAGUCAUCUGUAUUGUUCUGCCAUGAAAAUUUCACCACAUUUGCAUCCAAUUAUCACUUGGUAGAUGAUUGCCUGUAUUCACCCUACUUUAUAGAGUUAUGACAUGACAUGCUCACAGUCUAAAACCUGGCAGUAUACCUAGGUGCACGGAUGGCAGUAUACCCAGAACUAGAGUGGUAAGAAGGGAAAGGGCAAUCCCCUCCUUUCAUUUUAAAGAUGGGCCCAGCUGAAAAAUGGAAGGCUAUUGAAACUGGGGCCAUAGAGCACUGCUGCUACUUAGCUCCAUUCGUUUUGAUGAAGUAGUUGCACAGUUUGGUGGAUUAUAAAAUAUGGAGCUACCUUACACCAAAUCAGAGACUCAACUCAGUAUUGUUUCUAUUCUGAUGAGCAGUGGCUUUCAAGGCCCUUCCAGAGGUCGCUGUGGGGCCAUUAUGUGAAAUCCUUCAACUAGAGAGUGCCAGGUGUUGAAGGUGGAAUCUAAUAUGUGCAAAGCCUGUGUUCUACCCAGAAUGAUACAUGCACACCUGGGCAAAAGUGUUAAAUGGGAUUUGCAUGCAAAUCCAGUGCACAUCUAGUCCCCAAUUUGCAUGGCGUGGCAUCUUCAAUUCUCUCAUGCUCUGCUAGUGCCAGGCUGUUCAACAUCUCUAGUCUAUCUUCAUGAACAUCUGUUUCAUACCAAAACAACAACAAAACACAUUCUGUCCCACUGAAUGGAGAUAGAGUAACCCAGGGUGGGGGACCAAACCCAAAAUUUACUACUAUCACCAAAGACCCCAAAUAGUGAGACAAUCUGAUUAAUACUUAAAAAGAACACUCUCUUUCAAACGUUAGUCUGUUUUUGAAUGUAAUCCUAUCUUUUGACAGUUUUUGAUAAGAGUAAUUUGGAUAUUUGUAAAUUAGCUUUUUCUAAUAGCUUGAUUCCUUAAAUUAACAAUUCUGUCCCAAUAGGUGUGUUAUUAUGGAUAGAGAAUUAUGCUAUUGAAGAAAGAAGUGUUAAUAUUUAAUAUAUGUACAUAUAUUGAUUUUAUUUUGUUAAUUUAAGAAUUGUAAAGUCUGAAAAGGGUCAAAUUAGAUGUUACAUUAACCAUGUAUCAAAAAUGGCAGCCCCAAGCCUAACCUCCCUCCACCUCUGUAAUAACAAAAGUAGCAGAACUUUUCCACCUCCAGUGUCAUGACAUUUGGAAUUUCCUUGUUCCUGCACAAUAUCAUAGACAAUCACUUAUGGAUUGAGGAUGGGUGGAGAAAAUGCAGAACAUAGUCAUGCCAGGAUGCAUGUAAGUUUUACUAGAUAAGAACAUAAGAGCAGCCUGCUGGAUCAGGCCAAAGGCCCAUCUAGUCCAACAUCCUAUUCUCACAGUGGCCAACCAGAUGCCAAUGGGAAGCCCAAAAGUAGGACAUGAGAGCAACAACCAAGUGAUUCCCAGCGACUGGCACUCAGAUAUGAACAGAAAGAAUGGAGUCAGAUGUCCAGUGGCGCCCCUCCUUUUCUGUUUUAAGUAAGUAAGUGUACUGCCUUCAAGUCGAUUCUGACUUAUGGCGACCCUAUGAAUAGGGUUUUCAUGAGGCUGAGAGGCAGUGACUGGCCCAAGGUCACCCAGUGAGCUUCAUGGCUAUGUGGGGAUUCGAACCCUGGUCUCCCAGGUUGUAGUCCAAUACCUUAACCACUACACCACACUGGCUCUCUAGUAUAGCCCAUAGAGUACUGCUUGCAACUCUUUAGAAAUCAAGGAUACAAUCUUUUUCUUCAAAGCUGCUUUUCUUGAGCACUUUUCACAGCUGAUUCUUAUCAUCUUAGCUUUACGUAUGCCCAUCAAGCAAUGCAUUUACAGCACAUAGAAUUCCACUAUGCCAUUUAAGCAACACCUAAUGAAAAUAUAGGUUUAGGUCAGUUUCUUCUAAAUAUGAGGGGUUUUUUUCAUAUUAAAUAGGAUCAUAAGUAAUUGUUUUCUAUUCUUCCCAGCCUUUUUUCAUAAUUUCCUGUUCACUUAUCAUGAUUUAGUCUCUAUUGUAGAUGCUAUUUAAUCUCGGUGUUUAAUAAGCCAGGUCAUUCCUUUUUUUAUUAGAUUUUUUUCAAAUCCCCUAGAUUGACACAAAAAUCCUAUCGGGUGUAUACGAUAUAGGAAGUUUAAUUUGCAUUCUCACCUGAGGGACCAAAGCAGUUCCAGGGCAAAAAAAUGAUUCUGAUUAACAAGCAAUAUUGAACUUAAAGGUUGGAGUAGAUUCUGUUAGAACAGCCUUUCCCAACCAGUGUGCCUCCAGAUGUUGUUGGACCACAAUUCCCAUCUUUCCUGACCAUUGGCAAUGCUGGUUGACGCUGAUGUGGUCCAACAACAUCUGGAGGCACACUGGUUGGGAAAGGCUGUGUUAGAAGUUAACACUGAUAAGGGCUGUAAAUAAAAUAGUUCAGUACUGGUUGAUCUCAGCAUGUGAUGUCAGUGAUUCACCUACACUGUUCUACACUAGCUUCCAGUCCAUUUCCAGGUCCAAUUUAAGGUGUUAGUUUUGACCUAUAAAUCAUUAAAUGUCUUGGGGAUCAUAUACCAAAAAGAUAAUCUCCGCCCAUAGCCACUUGCCCAGUUCUUAAUCAGAGGCUCUUCUGUAGAGGUAAAGUGGAUGGUGACAAGGAUCUUUUUUGGUGGCGAUUCUCUACUUAGGGAAUGCUCUCCUCAGUCAGUCACCUGGCACCUAUGUUAUAAUCUUUCCAGUCCCACAUGGACAUUUAUUCUUUAAGGACUUUUAAUAAAGGAUAUUGCUUUUUA